GAGGAACGAGGAGAGUGUCCGGGAAGGCUCAUCUUUAUCGUCUUCUAGUCCUGUUCUUACCUCGGCAUCCCCUGGUGAACAAGUAGAAGACGAAAGUCCUCGUACUGCUACGAGAAAAAAUGUUCUUGGGAACUGGAUAAAAGAAGAUCAACUAGCAGAAAAGAAGUUUCAGGAUCUAGCUACAGUUUCAGUUUCGACUGAUGAAACUAAUCCUGCGUCUUCAUCUUCUGCACCACUAGGUGGAGCAACAGAAGUGCCUAACAAUAGCGCUUCUGAAGAUCAUAGUACAGCUUCUCCUAGCGACGUCAGAGGUAGACAUAUCAAGAAAACUACUUCACGAAAGUUCAUUAGAACACGGAUACUGUCACCUGGAGAAACCGAUAGCGAUGAAAAUAAUUCGUCGUCCGGCUCUGAGGAUGAGCUGCAAAACGAAGGGGUCAGUCUCAGUGGUUUUACAAGGAGAACCGUAGGAGGAACAGGAGCAGGCACUGGUCCUGAAAAUCAUGGUGGAGUAGGGCAAAAGCUUAAAAGAAAUGGGCCUCAAGGUGAAGCUGCGGCUGCCCCACCGAAUAUAAACAGACAGUAUGUCCAAGUGUCUCCAACGCCUGACGAGCAGGACGAUCCAGCAACGCGAACUCCAUUCCUCAAUCCCUUGCUGCGGCUAUUUAAGUGGGAUUUUCAUCCGAAAAAUUGGACGACGACAAGAGCCACGACACUGUGUUGUGUCGGAUUUGGUGGAGGUCUUCUUGGAGCGAUACUGCUUGCCUGGGUCGCUAAUGGCAAGAAACCCGGGGAGUGUCUACAGGAUGCACUGCGCUUGCAGCUUAGAACCCUUAAAGAUGCUUGCUCGUCAUUAGGUAAAAAGAAUAUGGUUAUGCUUGUAAGAACAUGAGAGAUCAUACAACUGCGCUGAGGAGUCGCUGCACAUCCUCCUCACACAAGCAACAGGUUAUCGUUCUUCUGUAUUACAAAUUCUUGUUUGCGAACUCAUUCUUUUAGUUGCAAAAAUUCAUCACACCAUAGUAUGAGUAUUUAUACUUACAUGUCAUAGAUUUUGUUGUUGUUCUUCCAUCAGCAUCAAACUCAAAGCCGGGUCUAAGUACCUGAAGUCUUUGACUCGCGCUCGCGACAUUUUCCUGGUUGUCUAGGGCUAAAACACAACAUUUCACCCGAAAUGGAAAGUAGGAGAAAACGUGCGCACGUCUGCGUCCUACCUGCUGGUGCAACCCG